AUGGACGUUGAAAAUUCCAAAAUUGACCCUGAAAGGGCAAAAAGGACAUCUCGGCAAAAGCGGCCAGGUUCGUUUAAGCCAGAGUUUCAUUUCCCCGUUUUUAAACAAGAGAAGGACAGCACCUCACACUUCCUACGCAACUCCACAAGGGAGACCCAUUUUCAUAAAGGCCUCAGAGAUCAUAUUAAGAGAUGGCAGAAGCCGAGGAUAUUCAGCCUCUUGUAUGUGAUAAUGGAACAGGAAUGGUCAAGGCUGGAUUUGCUGGAGAUGAUGCUCCGAGGGCAGUCUUCCCCAGUAUUGUGGGCCGCCCACGUCACACUGGUGUCAUGGUUGGCAUGGGCCAAAAAGAUGCCUACCAAUUGGGAUGACAUGGAGAAAAUUUGGCAUCAUACCUUCUACAAUGAACUUCGUGUGGCUCCAGAAGAGCAUCCUAUUCUCUUGACAGAAGCCCCUCUUAACCCCAAGGCAAAUCGUGAAAAGAUGACUCAAAUCAUGUUUGAGACUUUCAACACUCCAGCUAUGUAUGUUGCCAUUCAAGCCGUUCUUUCGCUUUAUGCCAGUGGUCGUACAACUGGAAUUGUUCUGGACUCUGGUGAUGGUGUCAGCCAUACAGUCCCCAUCUAUGAAGGUUAUGCACUCCCCCAUGCAAUCUUGCGUCUUGAUCUAGCCGGGCGUGAUCUCACUGAUGCCCUCAUGAAGAUACUGACUGAGCGAGGUUACUCUUUCACCACAUCCGCUGAGCGUGAAAUUGUAAGAGAUAUAAAAGAGAAACUAGCUUACAUUGCUCUUGACUAUGAACAAGAGCUAGAAACUGCAAAAACCAGCUCAUCUGUGGAGAAGAACUAUGAACUGCCCGAUGGACAGGUGAUCACUAUUGGUGCAGAACGAUUUCGCUGCCCUGAAGUACUUUUCCAGCCAUCAAUGAUUGGUAUGGAAUCUGCUGGAAUACAUGAAACGACUUAUAACUCUAUCAUGAAGUGCGACGUAGAUAUUAGGAAGGAUCUGUAUGGAAACAUUGUCCUGAGUGGUGGUUCGACAAUGUUCGGGGGAAUUGCUGAUAGGAUGAGCAAGGAGAUUACAGCAUUAGCUCCAAGCAGCAUGAAGAUUAAGGUGGUGGCUCCACCUGAGAGGAAGUACAGUGUCUGGAUUGGAGGUUCCAUUUUAGCCUCUCUCAGCACAUUCCAGCAGAUGUGGAUAGCAAAAGCAGAGUACGAUGAGUCUGGACCUUCGAUUGUCCACAGAAAAUGCUUCUAA